AUGACAACGCAAAAACCAUCGAAAUCAGUCCAGAAUCUUCAGUCAGAAGCGGAUUACCUUCGUCGUCAUGCCAUUAUAGCGGUGUCAGUUACCACUACAGCCAUCAUAACAGCUCUACUAGGAGUCCCGCUCCUCUACAACUACAUUCAGCACGUUCAAACAGCUUUGCACGAUGAACUCAACUUCUGUAUGCAUCGUACUCACGACCUUUGGCAUCAGUACCAUCGUACUGGAGAUGUGACUGGUCAUGAGAUUCGUAUCAAACGUCACUUCCAUUCUAUGGCACCACAAUACGCACAGCCACAACGUCCCUACCAAGCACCGUACCAGCAGCCCCAGUACCGUCCACAAGCACCACGUCCUGCACCAGCACCGUACCGACCUCAACCAAUGGGUUGUUCGUGUGGUGUUGGCAUGGGUGGACCACCGGGACCACCUGGAGGAGAUGGUAGUCCAGGCAAGGAAGGUCCACCUGGUAACGAUGGCUCACCUGGACCAGACGCCGGUUUACACGACCGACCAAAGCCUCAAGACUUUUGUUUUGACUGCCCGCCUGCUCCAGCUGGUAUGCCUGGACAAAGCGGACCAAAAGGGCCGCCCGGAUCACCUGGAGCGCCGGGAGAAAGCUAUGGUGCCGCCAUGCCUGGUCCACCCGGUCCGCCUGGCUCUAUGGGAUCUGCUGGAGCACCUGGAAGGCUUGGAAACCCAGGAGGACGAGGUGCACCAGGUCAAGUGAUUGAUGGUCCACCGCAAUAUGGCCCUUCUGGCUCAAUGGGACCUCCCGGUAGUCCUGGAUCAAUGGGACCGCCUGGUGCUCCAGGCCGGGCGUACUCAGGGCCACCUGGUCCACCAGGUAAUCAAGGUGGACCAGGAGGACCUGGCCGGCCAGGUGGACCGGGUGCACCUGGUCGAGGUGGUUCGGCUGGUCCUCGUGGAAGCUGCGAUCAUUGUCCUCCACCAAGAACAGCUCCUGGCUAUUAA